CACCACACCUCCACAAGCAACCGAGAAAGAACGCGGCUGCUGGCUGCAGAUCGACACGACACGACACGACAGGGGAACGAACGAACGAAGCUGUUAACGAAUUCUUCAGCUCGACCACCGGCCAUGGACCCGCGCUGCAGCGGCCACUGGGAGAGCUCGUCGGAUGACGUGACGAGGCCGCUGCUGCCUCUGCACGACGACAUCACGGACGACGGCGCCGGGCGCUCCUGCUCGCCGCUCAGGUCGGUGCUGGCAAACAAGUACCUGUCGGUCGCGGCCGGCCCUCUGGCCGCCGCGCUGAUCUGCGCGCUGGUGGACCUCGGCGCCCAGCACACCGCGGCACGCAACAUGCUCGGCGUGCUGGCCUGGGUGUUCAUCUGGUGGAUCACCGAUGCCGUGCCGCUCGCCGUCGCGUCCAUGGCGCCGCUCUUCCUCUUCCCCGUCUUCGGCGUCUCCGACGCCGACGCCGUCGCCAAAGCAUACAUGGACGACGUCAUCUCCCUCGUCCUCGGCAGCUUCAUCCUCGCCCUGGCCAUCGAGCACUAUAACAUCCACCGCCGCCUCGCCCUCAACAUCACGUCGCUCUUCUGCGGGGACCCGGUGAAGCCACCGCUUCUGCUGCUGGGCAUCUGCGGCACGACCUUCUUCAUCAGCAUGUGGAUCCACAACACGCCCUGCACCCUCAUGAUGAUGCCGGUGGCCACCGGGAUCCUGCAGAGGCUCCCCGCCGGCGAGGCGUCUUCCGCAGACGCGCGGGAGGUCAGGCGCUUCUCCAAGGCGGUGGUGCUCGGCGUCGUCUACGCGUCCGCGAUCGGCGGGCUGGCGACGCUCACGGGCACCGGCGCCAACAUCAUCCUGGUGGGGAUGUGGUCCACCUACUUCCCGGAGCAGGACCCCAUCACCUUCAGCUCAUGGAUGUCCUUCGGCCUCCCCAUGGCGCUCCUCCUCUUCGCCGCGCUCUGGGCCACGCUAUGCCUCAUGUACUGCUCCAACAACACCGGGACGGCGCUCUCCGCUUACCUCGACCGGACCCACCUCAGGAGGGAGCUCAGCUUGCUCGGCCCAAUGGCUUUUGCAGAGAAGAUGGUUCUUGCCGUUUUCGGGGGUCUGAUUGUGCUAUGGAUGACGCGGAGCCUGACAGACGACAUCCCUGGGUGGUCGGUACUCUUCCACGGCAAUGUUGGGGAUGGGACUGUCACCAUCAUGAUGGCGACGCUGCUCUUUAUAAUCCCGAGCGGCAAGAACGACGGCGAGAAGCUCAUGGACUGGGGCAAGUGCCGGAAGCUGCAGUGGAACAUCAUCCUCCUCCUCGGCGCCGGCUUCGCCAUCGCCGACGGCUUCCAGAAGAGCGGCCUGACAGACAUCCUCUCGGAGGGGCUCGGCUUCCUCCGCGGCGCGCCAGCGCUCGUCGUCGCGGCCGUGGCGUGCGUCUUCAGCGGCCUCAUCACAGAGUUCACCUCCGACGACGCCACCACCACGCUUGUUCUGCCGCUGCUCGCCGAGCUGGGCAAGACCAUCGGCGUGCACCCGCUGCUGCUCAUGGUGCCCGGCGCCGUUGGCGCGCAGCUCUCGUACCUGCUGCCCACCGGCUCGCCGGGCAACGUCGUCGGGUUCAGCACCGGCUACAUCACCAUCAAGGAUAUGGUGGUCACCGGAAUGCCCCUGAAAAUCGUCGGCGUUGCGGCUCUCACUGUCCUACUGCCAACGCUAGGUUCUGCCGUUUUUGGCAUGGAUCAGAAGGUAUAGAAACGUACUGAAAAUUCAGUUGCACCUUUUAAGCAUUACGGUAUGUAGUCUGUAGACUAGGAUGUAGUGGUAGAAUGUUGAGGUUUUACAGUGUAUAGUCAAUGUAGUUUCCUCAUGAAGAAUAUGAGGUCAUAUUCUUUUUUGUAUCUACAAAAUGGAUGAAUAUUUGUAUUGAGCAAUUGCAUAUGAAUAUAUUGAAAUUUUUUUGAA